AUGUCUGGGCACCUCGCUCUUCCGGCUUUCCACACUAAUCAACUGACCGAGGAGAAUACCAUGCUGCAAGAAAAAGUCACUCAGUUGCAACGUCAACUUGCCUUGGCCGAGUUACUUGAGGAAGAAGAUACAAAGCCAAAGAAACCGCAGCGGAAGAAAGGCAAUUCACAGAAGAGUGGCGCAGCCUCCGUUGGUGGCUCGUCGACUCCUUCUGAUCCUUUGGCACUCUUGACUGAAACGGUGGCGAACUUACAGAAGGCGAUGACUGAGGAGCGUGAAAAGAUGGCGAACUUACGGAAGGCGAUGACCGAGGAGCGUGAAGCGAUGACUGAGGAGUGUGAAAAGGUGGCGAACUUACAGAAGGCGAUGACCGAGGAGCGUGAAGCGCUGACUGAGGAGUGUGAAAAGGUGGCGAACUUACAGAAGGCGAUGAUGACCGAGGAGCGCGAAGCCAGGCAGAAAGUCGAGGCGACGUUGGCGAACUUACAGAAGGCGAUGACCGAGGAGCGUGAAAAGGUGGCGAACUUACAGAAGGCGAUGACCGAGGAGCGCGAAGCCUGGCAGAAAGUCGAGGCGACGUUGGCGUCUGAGAGAGACGAGCGUCUUUGGCAGUUAAGCGAAGUUGCGGGACGUACGGGGGAACUCGAGCAGUGGGCCGUUACUGCGGACCCUGAAAUACUUGAUCGCAUACGACUCCGUAGUCUUCUUGAUGAAGGUCAAGCAAAACUAGCCAGAUUUGCAGGGCUUGUUUCUGAGAAAGAUACUACUUCGUACGCGUCAAUGACAUGGCGGCUGAAAUUGAAAGGUGAAGAUGGGGAACCAGCAGCUGAUGAUGCCCGCUUGCGUACUGCACGCUCACUCCUGACUGGCAGAGGGGGUAUAAUUCCACAGGCAAUCCAAGUACUCGUGGAUAAUAAGGAUGCGAUGCGCCUGCUGACGGAGACGAAGUCAUCGAUCCGCAACUGGGGUAACCAUUUUGCUCACCACCUUGCCAGUAAGCCUGCCGAGGACAAAAAAGGUAUGCUCGGCAUUCUUGAGUUUGUUUCAGGCUCGUCUAUGUAG